AUGAACAUCACCCAUUGCCCCAUACCCUCUCUCAUCCCCUCCUCCUCUCUUUUAUACCAGCUCCCCCCCCCCCCCCUCUCAUACCCUUACCCCCCCGUCCCAUCUCCUCCUCCCCUCUUACUGCCCCUCCAUUCCCUCUCUCUGUGCCCCUCCUCUCUUCUCUAUGCCCGUAUUUCCCUCUCAGCCCCUCUUUCACUAUCUCAGCCCCCCCUUUCCCUCUCUCGGCCCUUCUUUCCCUAUCUCUGCCACUUUUUCCCUCUCUUUGGCUCUCUUUCCCUCUCUCUGCCUCUCCUUCCCUCUAUUUGCCUCUCCUUCCCUCUCUUUGCCUCUCUUUCCCUCUCUCUGCCUCUGCUUCCCUCUCUUUGCCUCUCUUUCCCACUCUCUGCCUCUCCUUCCCUCUCUUUGCCUCUCUUUCCCACUCUCUGCCUCUCCUUCCCUCUCGUUGCCUCUCUUUCCCUCUCUUUGCCUCUCUUGGCCGAUUCGUGCGCAAGGCACCCACAUCCAAUCACACUAAACUUACUCGCAGGAGACCUACUCCAUGCGCUCGAGCGAUUCAUCAGUGUGUUACUCGGCCCGGAUGAACUCCUUGUACCAGUCCGACAUGAGCACGAUGGCAUGUCGAAUGUCGGCGCGCUUGGGGAGGUCGAUGAUGAGGGGCAGCACUUGCAUCAUGGCACGGGGGUGGGGAGGAGGGGAGGGAUAGAGGGGGGAUGGGGAGCCAGGAGGGCAGACGCAGUAGGGGGCACGGCUGUAGGGUUCAACAGUGCAGCUGGCUCCUGCAGGGCAGACCCCACACGAGGCAGGCCCUGUGAUGGUGGUGAGAAUGAGGGGAGCAUACAGGAUAAGACAGCAGCUGGUGUGUGCAGGAUGGGGCGCCGCCAAAAACAACAGCACAUGCAUGUUAGGCUGGGGACAUGCAGAGCGGGUGGGCGCCUGCUGAGCCAAACUGAGCAGCCUCACUACCAUCUAGCUUGCAACAGGAAGCAGCUGGCCCGAGCCUAA